AACCGCGCGACGUCGCGCGGGGUCUAAGGGAGGUCUCGGAGAUGACGGGCCACGUUUCCUUCAGGGGUACUGGGUCCACAUUGGGCGACAACGUCGGCCUCGUCGCCGCGCUCAUCGCGGUAGUGGUGGCGCAGGUGCUCAAGCCGUUCAGCGAGUGGGCCAUUACGGGGCGAUUCAAGGCUUCGCUCAUGGUGGGAAGCGGCGGGUUCCCUUCUUCGCACUCGUCCCUGGUCACCGCGCUGGCCACGGGCACAGCGUGCCAGGCGGGACUCGGGGACCCCGCGUUCGCGACGGCGCUCGUGCUCGCUCUCGUGGUGAUGUACGACGCCAUGGGGGUGCGAAGGCAGGCUGGUAUGCACGCCACCGCCAUCAACAACCUGGUCACGGCGUUCCCUUCGGACCAUAACUUUCGGAGCCGGGGGCACCGCGGCGGCGAGGACGCGGCGGCGCCGCUCGAGGCCGGACUCAUGGGAAGCACGGGGGGGUACGCCGGCGGAGCGGCGGACGAGGCGGACGGGCUGCUCGGGGGCAGGAGCGGUAGGAGCAACGAGGCGAACGCUGGCGAUAGCAUUCAGGACAGCCUCCAGAGGGGGUUCCAGGAUUUCCUCGACCAGAUCCAGGCGAGGCCGCUGCGCGAGCACAUCGGUCACACCCCCGUGCAGGUGCUGGCGGGUGCGAUACUCGGUGUUGUCGUUGGGGCGACGUACGCGUGGGCGCUCGGAGACGACGUCCUCGCAGCCGUAUGAAGAGGAAGCGAUGCGAUCCUCGACGCUAGUACAUAUUCAUUCAAUAUCAACGCAAGACCGUUGAGCU